AUGAUGGCCUCCACUAGCCCUCCGAGCGAUGCUGCUAUCCGUCCAGAUGCAUCCUCACGUCGCUCCAUCUCCAGUCAGGCUGCAUCUGCAUCCCUUGCCCUCUCAUCUGCUGCCUCCACUUCCGUCUCUUUGCCUUAUCCUCGUCUGCCAUCCUCCUCGUCUUCCUCUACAUCUCUUUCUACUCCGAGACGUCGCUCCUUUGCUCCACCCGCCAUCACUGUUUCGCCAUCAGCAUCCAGCCGCCUUGUCGCUGAUCACAUUCGAUCGCAUCCCCCUCGUCGCACCGGCUCCACCUCCUCCAACCAUCACACCGCUGUCCCUGUCCAUGUCGAUGUCGAUGUCGAUGCCGAUGCCGAUGCCGAUACGAGCACAUCUACUAUUGCUACUACUCCUCCUCCUGCCAUCACUCCAGCCAAAGCGACACACUUCAGUCCUCGUCAUCAGCGUCACUACUCUGCCGAGACUCUGCAAUUGGAUCUCGAUGGUCUCGAUCUUGGCGGAAAUGCUCCCCACUCUCCCAUCUCUACGAACACUGCAGGACAGCGACGCCUUCGAUCGCCAUCCAACAAUGCACCCUUGUCAAGCUCCAAACAACCUUUCGCUAUGCUUGCAGAUGUCGACCCCUUCUGCACUUCGUGUGCAUCCCAAGCCAGAACUCACAAAGCGCUUCAUACCCUCGAAGACAGCUUCACACAUCAUCUCCGAGCCGAGUGUUCCGACUAUCGCGAGAUCAUGUCUUCUCAAGUCGUACUCAAUGCUGCUGCUGACAAGCAGCGCAGAUUACAGCAAGCUCAACUAGAUGCCCCAGAAGCACACCCUCGACGUCGAUACUCGAUCAGCCAUGGUCAAGUCCUUGGAGGUUUCGCCAGUCUUGGACUGCAGACCGAGUCACCCGUCGAGCCAUUGGCGCCAGCACCUCAGCAACCCCUUGCCACCCUCACAAACCCUUCCACCCAGCCAUGCCAAGCUCCCCUCACUCCCCUCACUCCUAUCGAGUGGAGGGACAGCUUUGGCUCUUUUGGCACCAGUGCCGCUGCACCUGUCUCCUCUACCUCGCCCAAGUGGGCCCAUCUCACUGCUCGACCCUGCAACCCUUUGGAGCCACUCGACGUGCUCUCCAUCCAGGAAAUGGGUUUCCACAGUCUCGACAUUGGCAGUCUCAACGACUGGGAGGGUUGCAAGCUUUCUGCCGAGAUCCUAUGUCCUCUCAACGGUCAUCAGCGCAUCCAGUGGUCCGUUGCACAAACCACGCGCAGGAACAACAAGUGGGUCGUUGUGCCUAAUGCAACACUCACAUGCGGCAAUCUCGAACACUUGACAUCAUCCGAGCAAGCCGAAAGGACAGUCAUUGUCAGCGCUCCUUCCCUCUGGCUCCAAGAGGGUCAGGCGUCUGCUGCUGCCGCUCCACACAGAGAACAGGCACAAGCAAUGCCUCCAGCCGCAGUCCGAGGUCUCUCCGCAAAUCAUCCCAGCUCCAUGCCUUUCUCUGGCAAGGCUGGCUUUGAACUUCGACUACUCCGCCCUACUGCUGGAAGCAUCUCUCCGCCCGUCUAUCUGGCCAACGCUUCGACACAUCGUUUCUUGCACCAGUACCGAAAGCACAACAAUCGUACUAGCUCCUCCCAGCUCGACAAAACAUGCAUCGCCAAUGCUUCUGCAGCUCCACAGAGCAGCGUCAAUGCCUCUGCAGCUCCACAGAGCAGCGUCAAGGCAUCGCAGCCCGUCUAUCCAGUGCUCAGGCGAUCCCGCUCUCGACCUUACCUCCGUCACUCUGCGGUGCCAUUGCGUCGAUCGCGAUCCAAGCCCUACCUUGGUGCCUCGGCUCAGCAGCGACAGGCAGCAGAGGGCUCGACAGCUAGCAUCAACGCCCAAGACUUUGCUCCCUCCUUGCCAGGCGAUCCUCUUGCGCGCAUGCACCCAGGCGAGUCGUGGCCUUCAGCUCGAUCGCGUCAUUCGGACUCGCUUUCGUCGUUCGACUCGGCUACCACUAGUGAUGCUGACAGCGACACUUCAGAUGACGACGAGCAUGCAGCACUGUCAACAAGUAACCUAUGCGAGCGUGGUAACAAAGACCACACUGCUAGAUCCAAUUCCAUUCCCAUGGCAAGUGCAGGCCGAGCGAAGCGCAGUCAUUCGCCAAGUUCAUCUGCUAGUCGCGGCAUCAGCUCCACUUCCGAGACGUCGGCAGCUUGGGCUGGUUGGCAAGACAACAGCCUCGAGAGCCAACGCUUCCAGCAGCAGUCCAACGGCAGUGCAUCUUACGAGGCCGAGUCAUGGCAAGGCACUUCUCCCACCACUGCUUCUACAUCCUCCGCCAGUGCCAGCAGCAAGCAGAGUCGUAGCCGCAAAGGUCUGCAGCGAGCCUUGCAGAAGAAGGAUAAGAUGCUCAACUCCUGGUUCAAGCGUAGGCCCGAACAUACCGCCGCCUCUCAUCAAAAUCAUCAUCCCGAGAUGCCACACGAGUCGGUGUCUUGUCCAGCCAUGUCCCGACAGCGCCAGAUCAGUGCUGGCAGCAGUCUUGCAAGGGACAACGACGAUGCAAGUCGAGUGCCUGCUUCGACUCUGUUGACCGAAAAUGCUCUCGAGAUUUUCCAGCGGUCCAUGUUCCGCCCUGCUUCGCCCGACUCGACGAUUAUGGGUUCCAGGAGAGGAUCGGAGGCGCUCACUCAGAAGACCAUCGAGCCUGCUGCCGGUCGUAAUUUCCAGGAUAAGAUCGCUGCGACUGACGAUGGGUUUGCAAGCAAGCUGACGCCAAAGCAGGCGCAUACGGAUCGCAUUGAUAACCGUGUGGCUGUCAAUUCCACUCUCACCGAGCUGUAUGGCUGGAAUGGGCAAGAGGCGACGAGCAAGUUGCUUUGUGCUACCUUUGCCGGCACUGCCCUCUCGGCGACGGGCUCAGCAUUGCAGGAUCUGGACGAGCAGAGCGUGCUUUUGGGACUGGAUGCUGUUCCGGCCGAGGCAUUGACGAUGUUGAUCCCGCUGCCUCUGAUCGGUCGAUCGACGGCACAGGAUGCAGUGAGGUAUAUGCGUGUCAACUUUGUUCCCUUUGGCAGUUUUGCCGAUCCUUUCGAGGCGGGUGCAGGUGGUAGCGGUGCUACUGCUCCCAACACCAGCUCUCCUGUCAACGAAAGCGAGUCUGGUCUAUCGCACAGCACCAGUACCGGCAGCAGCAGUUUCGGAAGCCACCGCGAUGGUCUCUCGACCAGCUUCACCUCGAAAUCCACAGAGCAUGCCUCCAAUUGGAAGCGCAAACUUGGUCUCCGACGAGACCCCAUCACCGCCCAAACUCAGCAACGCUCAGAUCCAACUCAACCCCAAUCCCCCACACCAGCUGCCUUCCGAAUCACGGCCAUCGUACACGACGCUCCCUGGGCUACCCGCAUCUCGGAUCCUAGGUUACCCGAACCGGGAACUUUCCCGGUAGUACUGGGGUACUGCAAUGGAAGUAAAGGCUUAGAGAUGGUACCGGAGGGUUGGGGUGCCUUGAAGUUGGCCGGGGUCGCAGAACCGACCAAGGCAGAUGGGACCAAGUUGGAUGAGGUUCAUCCGUUGAAAGGCGUGACUGAUCUGAUUGUUGCUGCUUGUACGGCUGUUAUGGAUGUCUAA